UGUCCCGUGGGCGUGUCUCCCACCUGUGUUGCGCUGUGGCAGUAGAAUGACAAUCAAAAGGGAGGAGAGAAAGGUUUUAAAAGGCUCAACUGAAUUGAGGACUUGAAACUGUUGGGAUGGCUGGACUCAAGGCGCUAUGGGUGGCGGUGCUACUACUGGUGGUGCAUGAGGCGUCCUCACAGCUAGAUGUGUGUGGUCGGGCUCCUCUCAACCCCAAGAUCGUUGGAGGAGUGGAUGCUGCUCCGGGCAGCUGGCCCUGGCAGGCCAGUUUGCAGACGUUUAACAAAUCCUGUGGGGGGUCUCUCAUCAACAAUCUGUGGGUGCUGACCGCUGCCCACUGCUUCACCACAACUGACACAAUCACGGUCUUCCUGGGCCGUCAGGACCAGGUGGGCAGCAACCCCAACGAGCAGUCCCGGACCAUCUCCAGGAUUGUCUGUCACCCCGAUUACAGUGGGUCCACCAACGACAGCGACAUCUGCCUGCUGCAGCUCUCCUCGGCUGUCGACUUCACAGACUACAUCGCGCCCGUCUGCCUGGCCGCGGACGGAAGCACUUUCAACAGCGGCAUCAUCAACUGGGUCACUGGCUGGGGCACCACCUCGUUUGGAGGUUCAGCCGCGGACAUCCUCCAGGAAGUGGACCUGCCCAUAGUGGGCAACAGGGAGUGUGACCGUCAGCAUGGGACCGAAAUCACCAACAACAUGAUCUGUGCUGGAUUUUCGGCUGGAGGGAAGGACUCCUGCCAGGGUGACUCUGGUGGACCUCUGGUGAUAAAACGGGGUCUGCAGUGGGUCCAGUCGGGAGUGGUGAGCUUUGGUGCACGAUGUGCCUUGCCCAAUACAUCUGGAGUAUACGCCAGAGUGUCCAAAUUUCAGGUUUGGAUCAACAGUAUCAUCACCACCAACCAGCCAGGCUUCGUCAACUUCCGCUCCGCGGGAACCAACGACGACUUUACGAACUGUGGGGACACCACGGCCGUGGUGACGUGCGGCAGCGCCCCCAUGAACACCCGUGACAGCAGGGGGCUGGUGCAGUCCGCCGGCGCGUGGCCCUGGAUCGCUAGCCUGCAGGUCAACGGCACGCACAUGUGCGGCGGCACCCUGGUGGAUUCGUACGCCGUCUUGAGCGACGCCUCGUGCUUCGCCAUGUACCCCAAUGCCUCCCAUUGGAGGGUGGUGUUGGGCCGUCGCAAUCUGACCGGCCCCAACACCUGCAGCAUGAACCUGGGGGUGAGCUCCAUCACCCUCAGCAAUCUCACCGGGGACAACAUUGCCGUGCUCAUGCUGUCCAGUGCACCGAGGCUCUCGGACUACAUCCAGCCCAUCUGUCUGGACCAGGGGAUGGGCAGCUUCCUGAACAACACUGACUGUUGGAUGGCAGGCUGGGGCAUGGGCCAGGGAGGCGCCCAAGAAACCCUGCGGGAGUUCAACACCACGGUGGUGGGUUGUAGCAACACGUCAUCCAGUGACUACAUCUGCACCGAAGCGCUGACUGUGAGAAUGGGAGACGCCGGAGGUCCCCUGAUGUGUAAGAGAGCCAACUAUUGGACCCAAGUGGCCGGGCUUCCCAACGUCAUGGGCAACAGCAGCAUGGUGCGCUCAGAGAGAGCCGCCGAUCAGUCCAUGUUCAGCGCCACAGCUCGAUAUGAGUCGUUCCUGGUUAGCAUUCUGCAAGAGCUGCUGUCCCCCCCAACCACCACCACAACCUCCGCCCCCACUACCACCGCCACCACAACCUCCGCCCCCACCGUCAAUCACGCGUCAGACGUCCGCUUCUCCAUGUCCUACCUCCUCCUCCUCUCCUCCAUCUACCUCUUCUCUGCGCUGGUCUAGAGGCAGCGUGGCCUGGAAGGGCUCGACUCCGGUUAAUUUUCACGUUGUUUUGUAUCUCAUGGAGGGAAGUAUGUGAUCAUGUAAAGAAACGAUCACACAGCAUCUUGUUUUUCCUUUUGGGGUUUUCAUGGACUGUUGGAGUCGGUGGAGUCUCAGCUUACACAUGAUAUAUAGUUUGUGUUGAUCAUAUUACGUGGAAAACAUCCUUUUUGCUCUGCAUGUGAAGGUGCAGAGUUAUAAAAUACAUAUCACUUUUUGAUAUGUGCUUCUUAUUUUGUUUGGGGUUGGAAUUGUCUUUCGUUUAGCUAGCAAUGGUUAGGAGAGACUAAAGGUUGGGAAUGUAAUUACACUGGGGGUGUGUCAUAUGACCUUAACAAGCUGAAAAGUCAAUUUCAAAGUUUCAUUUUAAAAAUAAAUUCAGUUAAACAAGUUGA